GCUGUGUUCAUCAUGUGCAAUGUCGGUGCUGUCUCACGCUAAAUGACAGAAGAGACGUGAAAUAAAUAAAAUGUGGUUCCCGUGGAAAAAUGGCAUCAUCCCCGUUAUAGCUAUCUAUCCGUGUAACCACAAUCACUAUUAAAAGGAUAAAGAUUGGAAGACAAAGCUUGUGUGAGAUGCAGAGAUUUCUUUGCAUUCGAGUCUUCAGGCAGACUGAUGCUCUGCUGCAGAUCAGACCUCCAUCUUCUUUAAAUUGCACGACACAGACACCGGUACCCACAGACCAUAGAUGGUGGAAACACCUGAGCUCCAGGCCACGAUGGCUCAGCACAUCUACUGUGUCUUUCUCUCCGUCUCCUCAGAGUAACUCCACCAGAGAUCGACCAGUCAGUGCAGUACCAGGACAUGAUGAGUCCGACCCGCUGCAGGACCAAUCGAUGGGCCUCAUGCAGAGAUUUAAAAGGACCUUUAAACAGUAUGGGAAAGUCAUGAUCCCUGUGCACUUGGUGACGUCCACGGUGUGGUUCGGCACCUUUUAUUAUGCUGCAAUGAAAGGAGUGAAUCUGGUGCCAUUUCUUGAAUAUGUUGGAUUUCCUGAUAAGGUUGUUAAACUCUUGGAGAACUCUCAGAGUGGCUAUGCACUAACAGCAUAUGCCAUGUACAAGAUCGCCACACCUGCAAGGUACACGGUCACUUUAGGAGGAACGUCACUGUCUGUGAAGUACCUGAGGAGGCACGGCUACAUGUCCACUCCUCCACCUGUAAAGGAAUAUCUACAGGAAAAAAUGGAGGAGACCAAAGGGAGAAUCUCUGGAAAAAUGGAAGAGACCAAGGAUCGUUUAUCCGGGAGAAUGGAGGAAACGAAAGACAAAUUCAGUGAAAAACUUCAAGAAACUAAAGACAAAGUGUCUUUCAGAAAGAAAAAGGAGUAGGUUUAUAAUGGGUCAUGAAGGGAGUUUGUAGGUGUACAGUAGAUUUAUGUGUCUACUGUAUGUGAACAUGGGCAAUGCACUAAAGCUUUGAUCUGAUGUCUCCCAAUAAUGGUAUAAUAAUUCACUUGAUGUUAUUUGAAGGAAAAACACAUCAACUCAAAAGCAUAUGCAAAAUCUAUACUUAUUGUUCACAAAGUAUGCUAAGCUAUUGCAAAAUAAUAAAGAUGUAGUUCAUUAAUAUUAAAAUAUUAUUGCACAUUGAAGUCAAGAAAAUGGUCAUAUGAAGCAUAUUUUACAAAAAUAUGUACAUGUUUUGUUUUUUUUUCUAAAAAGAACUAGAAGUAUAGUCCAUUGUUAUGUGUCCACAUGUAAGUUCUGUGUAAUACUCCAUAAUGCUGCCCCAGUCCUUUCUAUUAAUAAUUAUAUUAUUAAGUUAAUAAACAGCACAGAGUUGUCAAACGGAAACAGAGUUGUGAAAUGGAAACACCUACAUCCUUUAAAUUCCCUAUACUGUACACUGAAUUUGUGAUUUCAUGUUUUUAUCAUUGUGCGAGCUCAUUUUAACUUAGUUUUCUUUCUUUACGGUAUGUGCACUCUCACACAUUGAGUCAUAUUUUAUUUUUUGCAACAUAGAUUUUUUAAUCAGCGAAUGUUUCUGCUUGUCAAGCACUUUUUUGGAGACACCUACAUCAUGAUGUGAUGACACCUGGCUGUUCACACUUACAAUAAAACAUUUACACAGCA